UUCACCAUGGCAACCACAGGCAUGCAGCUGUUGGGUCUUAUCAUGUCCAUUGUGGGCUGGGUGAGUGGGGCGAUAGUCUGUGCCAUCCCCCUGUGGCGAGUCACUGCCUUCAUCGGUAACAACAUAGUGACGGCUCAGAUCAUCUGGGAAGGCCUUUGGAUGAAUUGCAUUGUGCAGAGCACAGGUCAGAUCCAAUGUAAGGUGUAUGACAGCUUGCUGGCUCUGCCCAGUGACAUGCAGGCUGCCAGAGGCCUCACCGUGCUUUCCAUCCUGCUCUGUGGCAUAGCUUUGGCUCUCGGAGUCCUCGGAGUCAAGUGCACUAAAUGCAUCGGUGUAAACAGCGUCAAGGCUCGUAUCGCUCGCAUCUCUGGUGCCCUUUUUGCCAUUGCAGGGUUCCUCUACCUUGUGCCCAUCUGCUGGACUGCCCACUCCAUCAUCAGGGAUUUCUAUGAUCCACAUGUGGCGGCCCCACACAAGCGUGAGCUUGGUCCUGCCCUGUACAUCGGCUGGGGAGCAUCAGCCUUGCUCCUCAUUGGGGGAUCUCUGCUUUAUGGUGGGUCAAGUCCCCCUGGCAUCCCAGGCUCUCCCACCUUCAGCAGUGGAGAAAGCAGUCCUCGCAGGGCACCUGCCACACAAGUCAAAGGCUAUGUUUAAGUUUUCAAAAUGUCUGAAUGUCUUGAAAUCCCACAAACACACUCCAAACUAUGACAAACCUGAUUCCUUUCAAAUUGAUUGCGCUUCUUGUUAUUAUUUUAUAUUUAAUGUUAUUCCAGUUUGCUUUAUUCUCUGAGAAGCCACAGGAGGCAGUUUAGGGAGAAUUGAACUCAUUUCAUUAUUUCAUACCUGAUAUUCUUCAGUAACCUGUUUUCUCUGUCUGACAGUGUAAAAUACAAUAAAGUGUCCUCCAAAUCCUCCUUGAA